CAACUGCCUCAGCCGGGACAACUCGCCCAUAUAAUCCGGCCCCUUAUUGAUUAGAUAUUGACAAUGUUGGUACGACAGACUACAGAUUUGUCAGCUACGCCUGUUGCUCUCCGGUUGCAAGGACCAUUGAGUACAAAUGGAAUUGGUCGUGUUGAAGUAUUCUAUCAUGGGCAUUGGGGAACAAUAUGUGAUUAUGGAUGGGAUUUGACAGAUGCAAGAGUUGUAUGUCGUCAACUUGGUUAUAAAGACGCUGUCAGAACACUACGAAGAAAUACUUUUCCUUCAGGUUCAGGACUUAUAUGGUUAUCUCACGUCGCUUGUAAUGGGAAAGAACAAAACAUCACGAAUUGUACCCACAGUCCUUGGGGAGUUAAAUAUUGUAAUCAUUAUCACGACGCUGGAGUGGAAUGUUCCACAACUGAUUUUGCAGACGAGGCUGUAAGAAUAAGAUUACAAGGGCCAUCAAGUGCAAAUGGUACUGGUCGUGUUGAAUUAUUCUAUCAUGGAUAUUGGGGGACAAUCUGCAGCUCUGGAUGGGACAUGAAAGAUGCUAGGGUUGUCUGUCGUCAACUUGGUUAUGAUAUGGAUCAUACAUAUGUUACGACACUUCCUAGUAAUCUUGUUCCAUCUGGUUCUGGACCAGUAUGGUUAUCUCGCGUCUCUUGUACUGGGGAAGAACAAAAUUUAACAAGCUGCUCUCAUAGUGGUUGGGGAAACAAUUAUUGUUCUCACUACCAAGACGUCGGAGUGGAAUGUUCUAAAAAAGCAGCUGUAAUAGUAAGGUUGCAAGGACCAUCAAGUUCAAAUGGUACUGGUCGCGUUGAGGUAUUCUAUCACGGGCAAUGGGGAACAAUCUGUGAUUAUACAUGGGAUAUGAGAGAUGCCAGGGUUGUGUGUCGUCAACUCGGUUACACAGAUGCUGCUAGGGCUCUCAAAGGUGACCAGGUACCUCCUGGUUCUGGAAAAACGUGGUUAAAGAAUGUUUACUGCACUGGAGAAGAAAACAAUAUAUUUAUCUUAUGUCUGACUGACUUCAUUUAUUUUUCAACCACACCUGUGCCGGUCAGGUUGCAAGGACCGCUGAGUGCAAAUGGUGCAGGUCGUGUUGAAGUAUUUUAUCAUGGAUAUUGGGGAGCAAUCUGUGCGAAAGGAUGGGAUAAGAACGAUGCUAUAGUUGUAUGUCGACAACUUGGGUAUGCAGGUGUUGUUAGAACUCUUGAAAGGUCCCAGUUUCCUUCUGGUUCCGGACAGAUAUGGUUAUCUUCUCUCGCUUGUACCGGGAAAGAGAAGAAGAUUACAGAUUGUUCUCAUAAUGGUUGGGGGAAUCAUUAUUGCUCCCAUGAUAUCGACGUUGGAGUAGAAUGUUCCUCAACAGAUUUUACAGCUGCACAUGUGCCAGUCAGGUUACAAGGACCAUUAAAUGGAACAGGAACGGGUCGUGUUGAAGUAUUCUUUCAUGGUUAUUGGGGAACAAUUUGUGAUUAUGGAUGGGAUAUGAGAGACACCAGAGUUAUUUGUCGUCAACUUGGUUAUCCGGAUACUGUUAGAACUCUCGAAAGAAACGAAGUUCCUUCUGGUUCUGGACAGAUAUGGUUUUCUUACGUCGCUUGUUCUGGAGAGGAGCAAAAUAUAACAAGUUGUUUUUAUACAUCGGAUUAUCUUUAUUGCUCGCAUUCUGCAGACGUCGGAGUAAAAUGCUCAACAACAGCUAUAACUGCACCACUCAGGUUACAAGGACCAUUAAGUGACGAUGGUAUUGGUCGUGUCGAGGUACUCUUCGAUGGAUUUUGGGGAACAAUCUGUGACAAUACAUGGGAUUUAAGAGAUGCCAAGGUGGCGUGUCGUCAGCUUGGUUAUCAAGAUGUUGCUCGGGUCUUCCGGGGGGGAUCGAAUUACGUUCCCUCUGGUUCUGGACGGAUAUGGUUGCAAAAUAUCAAAUGUACUGGGUCGGAGCAUAAUAUAGCAAGUUGUUUUCAUAGAGGUUGGGGUGUUACUUAUUGCUCACAUUCAACAGACGUAGGGGUUGAAUGUAGUACAACAGAUUUUUCAACAACAUCUGUGUCGCUAAGGUUACGUGGACCAUCAAGUGAAAAGGGGGCAGGUCGUGUUGAAGUGUUUUAUCAUGGAUAUUGGGGUACAAUCUGUGAUUAUUCAUGGGAUUUGAGCGAUGCUAGGGUUGUAUGCCUUCAACUUGGCUAUCUGGAUGCUGUUAAAACUCUUGAAAGAAACGAAGUCCCCAAAGGUUCUGGGCAAGUGUGGUUAAAAUAUGUUUCUUGUACUGGGGCAGAGCGCAGUAUAACAGACUGUUCUCAUAGUUCUUGGGGAGUUAGUCCUUGCACCCAUAAUAGCGACGCUGGAGUUCAAUGUUCUACAACAGCUAUAACCGCGCCAAUCAGGUUACAAGGACCAUCAAGUAAAGAAGGUACUGGUCGCGUUGAAAUAUUCUACAAUGGACAAUGGGGAACAAUUUGUGAUAACAAAUGGGACUUAAGUGAUGCUAGGGUUGUAUGUCGUCAGCUUGGUUAUUCUGAUGCUGUCAAAACUCUUAAAAGGAACCAGUUGGUUCCUCCUGGCUCAGGAAAAAUAUGGCUAACCAAUGUUGGUUGUACUGGGGAAGAACAAAAUAUUACAAGUUGUUUUCAUAAGGGUUGGGGAAAAGCUCGAUCUUGCUCUCAUUCUAGCGACGCUGGAGUAGAAUGUUCUAUGACAGGUAAUAAUAAAAUGGGAUAUAUAGUAUAG